UCCUAGAUCCUUUUCACAUGAACUGCUCUCAAGCCAGGUGUCACCCAUCCUGUAUUUGUGCCUUUCAUUAUUUUUUUUUGCCCAAGUGUACUUUACAGUAAGUGUAAUUUACAGUACUGCAUCUAGGAAUUUUACCUCUUUGCCAUGACUGGAACUUGUAGGUAGCCAGUCUACGCCAAUGUAGUUAAAGUCACCCAUUACUAUGACAUUUUCUCUUUGGGGUGCUUGCUUGAUUUCAUUCCUCAUCUCAAUUUCAAUCUGUUACCUCCGAGGAUGUGGACAGGCUGCUUGGAUGAGUGAAACCAACCACCUGUCUUCUUGAUCCUUGACCAUCCUGGCUGAUAAAAGCAAGCCAGGAAGGGCUGGGCGAUGGGCUCUGUGGGGUGGCGAAUGCUUCCCUCUGUAAGGGAGCCUUCCCAGGCCCACUGAAAGAGGUGGUCAUUAAACCACUUCUUAAAAAACAUCUUUUGACCUGGCCAAUAUGGCCACUAUCGCCCAGUCUCAAAUCUUCCAUUCUUGGGCAAGGUGAUUGAGCGGGUGGUUGCUGAAUAACUCCAAGCACACCUGGUGGGUGCGGACCAUUUGGAUCCCUUCCAAUCGGGAUUCAGGCCUCACCACAGGACUGAAACUGCCUUGGUCGUGCUCGUUGAUGAUCUCGAGCGGGCUAGGGACAAAGGUGAGAGCUGUUUCCAAGUUCUGCUGGAUCUCUCAGCGGCUUUUGAUACCAUCAACCAUAACAUCCUUCUGGACCGUCUUGAGGAGCUGGGAGCUGGGGGCACUGUUAUACAGUGGUUCCGCUCCUUCCUCCUGGGCCGUGUCCAGAAAGUGGUGGGGGGGAUGAGUGUUCAGGCCCUCUCCCCCGUGCUUUUUAACAUCUACAUGAAGCUGCUGGGAGAGAUCAUCAGGGGGUUUGGGUUGGGUGUUCAUCAAUAUGCUGAUGAUACCCAGCUCUACCUCUCUUUUAAAUCAGAACCAGUGAAGGUGGUGAAGGUCCUGUGUGAGUGUCUGGAGGCGGUUGGAGGAUGGAUGGUGGCUAACGGAUUGACUCUGAGGCUGAAUUCUGACAAGACAGAAGUACUGUUCUUGGGGAACAGGGGACGGGCUGGUGUGGAGGACUCCCUGAUCCUGAAUGUGCCCCUGAAGGACCAGGUGAGGUCCAACGCUGAGGGCCUUCUGGUGGUUCCCUCGCUGUGAGAAGUGGGGUUACAGGGAACCAGGCAGAGGGCCUUCUCAGUAGUGGCGCCUGCCCUGUGGAACGCCCUCCUAGCAGAUAUGUCAAGGCAAUUAUUAUUAUUAUUAUUAUUAUUAUUAUUAUUAUUAUUAUUAUUAUUAUUAUUCCCUGGGCAUUAUGAUCAGGAGGACAACAGCGCAUCCCCAGCUCUAAAUUACUCUAAAGGCCCGGUAUCACCAUCCACCAUGAUUUGUGAAGGAACCUUCUCCCUUGAAGUUUCCUGGUUUGCUGGACUGAAUGCCCUCUUUGACAUACAGACGACGCCAUCUAUGGUACGCCCUUCCUGUAUAAUUUAUAUCUAAAGAAAGCCCUGUCUCACUGGUUCUUUGCAUUCCACCAGGUUUCCAUUAUGCCCGCUGUAUAUCAAUGUGAUCCUCUAACCAAGCAGUCUAGUUAACCCAUCUUGGCUCAGAGGCAUCUAGCAUUAGCUUAUAAACACUUGUAUGCUGUCUCUCUCUUCAAGUGUCUCGCUCUUGCCUUUUGACUUGCGUUGCUUUGGCCUUUCUGAAUUGAUUUCCUGUGCCCUGUACUCACAAUGCCUAGGUCUAUGCUUUCCCUAUUUAAUUUUUCAUCAGUUUUUUCAUCUUCAUCGCAGAGGAGAGAUUCUUUCUGAACUGGACCCUCCCCAGCUCUUGUCGGCUUCCCUCCCUCCCCACAAUCAGCUUAAAAGCUGCUCUGCCACCUUUUUCAAGUGCCAACAGAAUCCUCUUUUAACACAUACUAAUGAAUACACAGCCCUCUGAAUUGUACUGUGACCUUUCUAGUUUGGCUCAAGGGGGUUCACUCAGCAAGAGGUUUCUUAUUUCUGAUGUAAAUCACCCUUGCUUCCCACAAGGCUCUACCACACAAACCCUCCAAGGUCUCUUGCUGAGGCAGGUGGUUUCUUUCUGCUAUUCUCCUCUCACCGCCCCAAGCAAUGCUGGGCUCUUUUCACAGCAGCCUUUAGCCAUUGUGGUUUGGCCACCAGGGGGCCUACGGUUCAAUAAAGGAUGAUUGGAGCGAAUUACUGGGGGAAACGGUUUUUAUUCUGGCCCGAGAUCUGAGGGAAUGCAGAACGGCAGUGAGGCUGGUCGAGGCAGACUGAAGAGUUUCUCCGUCUUGGCUCAAUCCGGGCUGAAACAUCAGGGUGGCCUCCCCCUGCUCCCUGCCCUCUUAAUACCCCGAGUCAAAGCGUGGGAAUUUUCUUCCUCAUUUUCUCCUAGUUUGCUGUGCCAUCUCCGCCGGCUCUUUUUGUAAGUCGCCUUCUGUGUGCAUCGUCCUCCCCAUCUGUGCAGAAGGAAGGAUGCCUCUGCCUUGGACAAUUAUGCUUUUGCUUCCUUUCCUGCAGCCCCUGGAGACCAUGGUGAAGGAAGGUGCUGCCCCGCUCCUUCAAGAGCCUUCUAUAGCCUCCAGGAGGGAGCAGAGGGCUGGAGAGGGUCAUUUAACAAGGCACUUUGCCUCCCAAGAGGCGCUGCUGGAGAUGCCUGGAAGACCGGGCAGGCUGAGAUGGCCAGGAUCCCUUGGCAAUCAGAGGGGGCGGCAGCUGUCGGAGGAGCAACUGAAGUGGAGAAGGACUCGCCGGGGAACCGAGGAUGAAGAGCCCAAGCCAGUUCAGCAGUACAUUCCAGGAGUAAAAGUGGAGUUUCCUCGGCCCAUGAUCCCUGGCAGCUUACGGCCCACCAAGGCCCUGGUGCCGUCCAGCACUUAUCCCUCUGAGCAGCGCCAGCGGAGUCCGGCGGUCCACGGGGCCACAGAACCCCAGGGCAAUAUGACUGUGGCAUCAGGGAAGCGCCCUCAGAUCCAAAACCCUCUGUACCCAGUGACCGAGAGCUCUUACAGUGCCUACGCUGUCAUGUUCCUGUCCCUCAUUGUAUUUGCCGUGGGCAUCAUUGGGAACCUCUCCGUGAUGUGCAUCGUCUGGAACAACUACUACAUGAAAAGUGCCUGGAACUCCAUCUUGGCCAGCCUUGCCUUCUGGGACUUCCUCAUCCUCUUCUUCUGCCUGCCAGUGGUUAUCUUCAAUGAGAUCACCAAGAAGAGGCUGCUGGGGAGCAUCUCCUGCCGCGUGGUGCCUUUCAUGGAGGUGUCUUCAUUGGGCGUAACCACCUUCAGCCUCUGCGCUCUGGGCAUCGACAGAUUCCACGCGGCCACCAGUCCGCAAGCCAAGCUGCGGCCCAUUGAGCACUGCCAUUCCAUCAUUGCCAAGCUGGCUGUCAUCUGGGUGGGUUCCAUGACUCUUUCCGUCCCAGAGAUCCUCCUCUGGCAGCUGGCGCAAGACACCUCACCAGUCUCCGGCAUUGUGACCGACUACUGCACCAUGAAGCCUUCCCAGGACCUGCCAGAAUCUAUUUACUCUCUGGUCCUCACUUACCAGAACGCCAGGAUGUGGUGGUACUUUGGAUGCUACUUCUGCCUGCCCAUCCUCUUCACCGUCAGCUGCCAACUGGUCACUAGAAGGGUCAGCAGCCCAGAGAAGACCGACUGCCGUGGCAGUAAGCACGGGCAGUGCGAGAGCCAGCUCAACUGCACCGUGAUCGGCCUGACCGUGAUCUAUGGUCUCUGCACAAUUCCAGAGAACGUCAGCAACAUCGUUGUGGCUUACCUAUCUCCUGACAUGGCCAAGCAGACCUUGGACCUGCUAAGUCUCGUCAACCAGUUCUUCUUGUUCUUCAAGUGCUCGGUGACUCCUGUGCUGCUGCUGUGCCUCUGCAAACCGCUGGGCCAGGCCUUUAUGGACUGCUGCUGCUGCUGCUGUGAUGAGUGUGGUCAGGAAGCUGCCUCCAGCGACGGCGGCUCCGACGGCAAGCUGAAAACCGAGAUGUCCUCUUCUAUCUUCUUUGACAAGCCCCGGGAGUCGCCUACCCCUGUGGGGGCGGUUGGCACUCCAUGCUAAGCUCAAAUCAGCUAGGCGGGGUGCGUUAGCGGUUCUUCCACCAGCUUCUUCCCAAGACCAAAAGUUGUUUUUCUCUUUAGUUAUCAGCUGGCGAAGUGGCUGGAAGGUGGAAAUGGAGCAGGGCUUGUUCCAACACCAGCUCCAACCAGAGUGACUUAGUUAUGAGGCCUCAACAAUGAGACAGCUCUCUCUCUCCUCUGCUGAACAAUUACCUAGGGUGAGAGCGCCCCCAAAUCGCAGGCACGAGCAGAGAAGGCUGCUGCCAUGAAGGAGGGGGGUGCUGAGGGAAGCUCCGCCUGCAGCCCCUCGAGGACUGAAGAGACCCCAAGUGUCUUAGAGAGGACAUAGUACAAAUUAACCCAUCUUGCAGUCCUGCAGGAUCUCACUGUCCCCUUCUCUGAUCCAGGCCCAGAGACAGCCUCCAAUACAAGAUAAGCACUGCCCUAGCCUCAAUAAACCAAUACUCUAGAUAGUGAAACAUGUUUCCUGAGAUGACAUUUAAAAAACAAAAUAUGUGCUGUAGAGCUGCUAAUUGUUGUGUGUCUUCUAAAGUGAACCUACCCACUUAGUGCCUUAUCUGUCAGAUGUCCUCCCCAACCAAGAAAGCACAUAAAAUUUCUCAAGAAACAGCAUAGUUUUUGUGGUCAGGGAAGCACUGGAAAGGUAUUCUGAUUUACCACAAGUCUCCAGGUGAGUACUGCUCACUGAACUUCGAUGCACCUAACUAAGCUUAUAUUUGUAUUAAUGGUGGUGCAUGUGUGAUUUUUGUCAGCCUAGAAGGAAAGAGUUCAACUCUUUUCCUGCACACCAUGGCCCAGAUCAUAACCAGGAUGCCAACAGGUGCUGUUAAUGGUUUUAUAAGUAUUCACAUAACUACAUGUGACACAUAAGGUGCGAUUCACUCCGUGUAUUUCCUAUUCGUGAGCCAAACGUCACAAGUUCGCCUCCUUCGGUGAGAUCAAGCAGAGAACAUAAGGGCUCACCAAGCCCAUCCUGAAGAUCAGGAAUCCUGCUGCUUGAUCCCCACCAAGUUUAUUUAACCCGAGUUUAAGGAUAUUUAAUGUAUCCCUUGUAGAAACAUACACUACUGUAUUUAGGCAUCCCUCCAAUAUCUAAAGUAUUUUGCUGCCAUGGACUUUGCAAUGCCCUCUAAAAGGAAGCAAGUCUCUCGCAUUAACACACAGAGAGAGGCUCAGAUUCCUGUGUGCAUGCUGGCAACAGCCUCCCUUGGCAACAUCGGGGCAAAAUAAGCUCUCUCUGCUAGGUUCAAGCAGCACCCGUGGCUGCAUGCUUUGAAGAGAGGGAAGCAAUGGCUUGCGCACAAAGCCAUAAUGCAGCGCUUCAUGAAACCCGCAUAUAGCACAGUCAGAGAUGGAGGAAAGUCAAAUAGGCAUCUAUGCAGACCUUGAGCCAGGAAAAACCAUCUCUUUAUCCCAGGGCUCUGGGUCUCCCUUUAAAUCCUGAGUAAGGAAGUCUCCACCUUCAUGCCAUCAAUGAAAAGCAAGUGACUUGAGGAAACACUAACUGCAAGGACCUUCUUUCAGGCUAGACAUCCCUUUGGGAAUUUGUAGGUCACAACAAUGUAGGUCCCUGCCAAUGUGGUGGUCAAGCUGUGUAUGUUGCCACAGAGUAUGUUGCACUCUUUUUCCUCCCCAAUUGUACGUUAGGAACCAUUUAGUUUUAGCUAGUAACAGUGAUAGCCUGAAGCAGAAGCUCCUUGUUCAAUGAAAGGAAAGCCCUGUUUUCUGGACGAGUAUUUCCAAAUGCUCUGUGUGCAGACUAAGGACACCUGGAAUCCUAUUUAGGUGUUACGCAGGUAUGGGGAGGUGGGCAUACAUGCAUACUGCCUCUUCUCCCAGUGUCCCUGUUUGCCUCUGCCUGAUCAGAAACCUUGCCUUAUAGGAUCCCACCUGUGCAGAGGCCUCUAAACCCAUUCAGCAAGAUGCACUCAUCAGACCUUCCCAUUCAACGUAGGAAGGUGGACGGUAGUUGGGCCCGCAUGUAUGUUGCAUACACUCCUUACUUGUGGUUACAUUCCCUAUUCGGGCAAAACACUUCAAUAUAGCUGGCCACUGGAAGAGGCAUAAACAUGAGCCAUGCUUGGUUGAGGCUCUCAGGCAUGCACUUGUAGCUUCAGCACAGCAGCAUGCAAGGGACAAACAGAAGCUCAUGUUUCCCUUUUCGUGUGUCAUUGCCAGAAAAAUGCUUCUGUAGCUCCAGGUAGCACUGCACUAGCAUCUCCUGUGUGACUCCCGAGGUAGAGGGAAUCCAUCCAAACACUCACUACCACAGCAAUUCCUCCGCAUCUCUUUCCUCCUCCUUUCCUUCUCUCACCGCACCAGCAAAGCUUCCGAGGCGAAUGACGUUAGGCCCAUGAGAAUCUCAUUGUGCUUCUUCGCUCUUGCAGAGAAUAGCUUGGGAGCAUGGCCCGCGUGUGACCUAACUGCUUCAAAUCCACAAGACGACAGAAAGAACCAACCGUUUAUUGAUUUGGCCUUCUUUAAAGGUUAGACUUAGUAGUUUGGGUGAUGCAAAGGCUCCUUAGCUAAGGGCCUGCUGAGAAUAGAUUCACUCAGCAAGACUGAAAGUUCUUAAAAAAACCCAAAAACUCCCAAGCCUAAGAUUCUUUGCAUCCUUCAGGAUGCUGGCUUUAAAAUUUCAGUGGCGCACACCUUCCAAUGCUCAUUGUUGCGACAGCGCUCCCUGCAACACUUAGUGCCGGCAAACUGGUCACACGCCCCUAAAUGCGCCUCUGCUCAGUAGAUUAAAGGGCAUAGGUCUUCAAAAGCUGCUGGAUCACCAGGGAGAGAAAGAGGCCAACAGUGUGAUCUCAAAUGGAAAAGAUCCUAAAGUAGUUCUGAGGCAAUGCUGAUGUCAGUGGGCUAUUCCUGCCAACCGAGGCGGGGUGGACACCUACAAUAGCGUUUGCCCUCAGGCAUACUCCCAUACCCAACUAGCAAUCAGGAAAACUCACACCAUGGACCCAACUCCUGUCAAUGGGUCAGGGGCAAUGGGAGUUGUAGUCAACUCCAGGAGGGCAAAUGGCUCCCACUUCUGUGCAAGAGAUACACUAGCAGUCUGGCACAGUAGAAAAAGGCCUCUUCUCCUAUUGUCCACCCGUACCCAUUCUAGCAGUUUGCAACAGCCCCUGAAUUCGGGUGUCUCCCGCAUUUCCCUGUUAGUGAGGCUCCCAGUUCUGUUUGUGCAGAACUGUUAAAGGGCCUUGUUCUCUGCUCUCUUUGGAUUGCACCCUCAGGAGCAGUAAACGCCACUGCGAGAGGGAGGCAGUUGCUAGGGGAUGGGCUGCAACGCAGGGGAUCAGUGAGGGCUUUGUAUAGGGAAUGACACCCACAGUUCCUUCUUGGGACUGCUGCCAUGGAGACAAAGCUCCUGUCUUUGUACAAAGAAAGUGAUGUUUGGAUUGCUGCCCCCAUUAGCAAACAAGAGCAGUCUUGGGGUAGGCACACUUGGUAUGUAUCCCAAGGGCCGCUCUCUCGUCAGCAGACUGGGCCGCAGCUCUCCUCUGUGUGCACAGGCAUGGGGGAAGCCCUUUUGCUCUGAAACUUUUUACCAUUUUGCCGGAGACGGGGAUUAAUCUCUGGGGGGAGGAGGAAGAAUGAGGAGCUGUAGGCUCAGCACCACCAGAGCCAGCCAAAGUCCUCACCCACAAUCCCUGGCUCAAAUGCGGGAAACAGCAAGGCCAAAGAAGGUGAGAAGAUCACAGAGGAGGAAACUGCAGUGGUGACUGAGGUAGUAAAGGAAUGCAAUGAGACCGCUUUCUCAGAGUGCAUUUCUGUUUGCUACGAAACAAUGGUUUUCUAGCAUCACAGUCCUUUCAACAUUAACGUCUGCCGCAGAAUGUCAGCCAGUGACCUACAGACCCUUCCACCUGUUGCAGAAAAUUCUGGGAAGCAUUCGAGGGUUCAUACUCUCCACUCAUAAAGGACACUUACCAGACCUACUGAGAUUCGCAUUCACUGUGUGCACAACCUAGAGCACACUCACAACUCUGGACACUACGGAGGAAAAGGCACAAUGGUAUGGGAUCACAAAGUUCUGCCCAACUAUACGAAAGCCAAGAUGACCUUAGGGGUUUUCUUUUUUAUAUAUAAUAAUUUUAUUAAAUUUUCAAAUUUUACAGUUCAAAUUAAAACAUCUCUUAUUAUAACCAUACAUUCAUUGACUUCCCUCCCUCCCCUUCCAAGGUUCAUUUGACUUAUUCACCAUUCCUGCAUAUUUUGAUAUAUCCAUCUAAUUUCAUUUUCCUAUCUCACACUUCAAAAAAAAUUAUCUCAUUAUAUAUCAUUUCCCAAUAUUCUUUAACUUUUUUGCAUGCCUUGCAUAUAUGAAAAAUGGUUCCUUCUACUUCUUUACAUUUCCAACGCAGUUCCGAUUCUAUAUUAUACAUCUUAGCCUAUCUACUUGGAGUUAAAUACCAUCUACGAAUCAUUUCCUUAUACAGUAAUUCUCUUUCAGUAUGUAGCAUACAGUAAAUUUCAGCUCGUUCUCCUGAAGUUUCAAAUCUAUAGAGACUACCGUAGGGAUUUCAGUGUCCUUACUUUCAGGAUUUAUCAACAAAGAAAAACUAAAUAGCUGCAGGAAUUUGCCUUCUUUAGGGUGAGCAUUUAUUUUAGCGGCUGAUCUCCUUUAAACCCCAUUCUGGAGUGACAUCUAUUAGAGACAUGUUCUAGCAUUUAUAGUCUUCCCUGUCUGAAAUACCUAUCUAAGUUGCUUUCCUCGGUUUGCUGUGGUUUCUGGUGUGAGAUGACACACUGUCAUUUGUGGCUAUUGGCAGAUCUUCUGCCUUUACCUGCUAUUGUCUUUUAUGGCUGCUGAGGACGCUCUCCUUGCUUCUUUCAGCUUGUUAGUUCCUUCAUUAGCCAAAAACAUUUUAUUUGCUCAAACUGCUGCUUUCUACCAUCACACCCUUGCUUACAAAUUGACACUAGUGUUAAAGCAGACAAGCUCAUCUCUCUCGAGGUUUCAUUGCUCACAGCAAAAUCUGCUUGCAAUCUCGUGGGCUGCAGUGUGGCACUUCCACUCGACUCCCACCCCCCAGAAUUGAUCAAAAGGACAGAAUAUGAGAAAAUCUUUGGACUAAACAGUCCACCUUUGGGUCAGUUUGCAUAGAAGGCAGAAGACUAUCUAUUCUGAAGAUAACCUCUGCCUUUUGCUAGCAGGGGGGUCCUAUCCCAUUAAGAGGAUUAGAAAUAGUCCCAACAAAGUGAAGCAACCCAGAGCAAUUAUGAGACGGAGAGUAAGAGGAGGCCACUGUCUUGAUCCUCGCCCUGCCAGGGAGGGAGAGGGAGUUUGUGCAUAGCCUAAGUGGUGAUGUGACCUGAAUAUGUAACAAGACAGCAGAGAAUGGAUGGGAGCUGCUAUUCAUGCAGUGCUUUCCCUGCUGGCGUUCCCUGCGCAAGGGCCAAGCGAGAA